AUGGGUCCGGGAUCAAGACGCGAGUCUCACAAACUUGCAACCCCGUCCACGUUUACCUUUUGGGUGCUCAUCUGGCUUACCUCCUUAUUUCUGAAGAAUGUCCAAUGUAUGCUCGAUCCGGACCCUGCCCAGACAUGGCUUGCGGCGGUUGACGACCUCUUUCAUUUGGGCAAUAGUCCAUGGCCGGAGUCUGCUCCCAGUCCCCAUGGCGUCGAUCCGCGUCCGCCGCCCGGAUCGGACCCUCGUCAUGAUGAUCCUCUCGUUUUUGACAAUAGCUUAUGGCCGGGAUCUCAUCAGGCAACUGACUCGGGUUAUCUUCACGAUAUGCUUCCUCAUUUCGCCUAUAGUCCAAGGCCUGCAUCUCAUCCUAUUCUCAGUAGCACCAAUCCGCGUCCACCCCCUGUUAAACGAGAACGGCAAAACGACCUAGACGAAGCCGAAACUGCCGUGAGAAAAAGGAUGAAAACCUCAAGUGAUCCUGCUGAUCUUCCAUAUAAAAUCGUUAAUGCCGGGCGGCCAGAGGAAAGCGAAAAACGAGUGGUCUUUGAAGCAAUCCGAAGUUUGGAACGAGCCGACGGGGAAAAAUUGAUUAAUGAACAGGAAGGCGAAUACAAGAUGCUUCAGAUAGGCGAGGAUCAUAUCAGCCGCUUCCUCAUACAAAUGGUGCAGAAAAGAAGUAGAAAUGCUGAGUCUCGGCAUCUCCUAAUCGGCAAGUCUAGGCCACCAAUCCAACCAACGAAAAACAGAUCUAGCAGAAAAGCAACAACAAAAAGGCGUACUUUGCAGCGAUUUAAUCUCGAAACUGCUGUCUCAAAAGUGCGGUCGCUCUACAGCGCUUGUGUCCUCCCGGACUUCGCAAAUUCUAUGGAGGAGAGGUACUACCUCUCUACUUCUUCUACGUAG